GCCGGGAUCGGAGGGACCGGCUGGGCCGCACGUUCGGGGAGGGGCCGGGAGAGUUGGGCACCAUUAAAGUUUUUAUUUUUCGUGUCUGUGCGAGCAGGUGUUUGGGGCUGGGGGCCGGCUUCAUUUGCUCCCCUCUCGCCGGGGGCAGCCCACCCCGAGGGAUUAGGCUAAUUAGAGCCAGAGCGCGACCAUGCCCAGGAAGAAGGCGGCGGCGGCGGCCUGGGAGGAGCCGAGCUCGGGCAACGGCACGGCCCGCGCCGGGCCCAGGAAGCGCGGCGGCCCGGCCGGCAGGAAGCGCGAGCGGCCCGAGCGCUGCAGCAGCAGCAGCGGCGGCGGCAGCAGCGGCGAUGAGGACGGCCUGGAGCUCGACGGGGCCCCCGGCGGGGGCAAGCGCGCAGCGCGGCCGGCGGCGGCCAAGGCGGGCGGCGCGGCCGUGAUCAUCACCGAGCCCGAGCACACCAAGGAGCGCGUCAAACUUGAAGGGUCUAAGUGCAAAGGGCAGCUUUUGAUUUUUGGGGCAACCAACUGGGACUUGAUUGGUCGAAAAGAAGUGCCUAAACAGCAAGCUGCCUACCGCAAUCUCGGUCAGAAUUUGUGGGGGCCCCAUAGAUAUGGCUGCCUGUCGGGGGUCCGGGUGCGGACGGUGGUCUCGGGUUCGUGCGCUGCCCACAGCCUCCUCAUCACCACGGAAGGGAAGCUGUGGAGCUGGGGUCGCAACGAGAAGGGGCAGCUGGGACACGGUGACACCAAGAGGGUAGAAGCCCCCAAACUCAUUGAGGGUCUGAGCCACGAAGUGAUCGUGUCUGCGGCAUGUGGGCGGAACCACACCCUGGCAUUGACGGAAACGGGCUCCGUGCUUGCAUUUGGAGAGAACAAGAUGGGGCAGCUCGGCCUCGGCAACCAGACAGACGCUGUCCCGAGCCCCGCGCAGAUAAUGUACAACGGCCAGCCAAUUACCAAAAUGGCCUGUGGGGCUGAAUUCAGUAUGAUAAUGGACUGCAAAGGGAACCUCUAUUCCUUUGGGUGCCCUGAAUAUGGUCAGCUGGGACACAACUCGGACGGGAAGUUCAUCGCCAGGGCGCAGCGGAUAGAGUAUGACUGCGAGCUGGUCCCCCGGCGUGUGGCCAUCUUCAUCGAGAAGACGAAAGACGGGCAGAUUUUGCCAGUCCCAAAUGUGGUCGUACGAGAUGUGGCCUGUGGCGCUAAUCACACGAGCAGUGCUCCUCUCGUCCCCUCGCAUUGGGAGGCCCGUCCCAACGCUGUGUGUUCUCUCCGCCCGCAGCUGGUUCUGGACUCUCAGAAGCGUGUCUUCUCCUGGGGCUUCGGUGGCUAUGGCCGCCUGGGCCACGCCGAGCAGAAGGACGAGAUGGUCCCUCGCCUGGUGAAGCUGUUCGACUUCCCCGGGCGCGGGGCAUCCCAGAUCCACGCCGGCUACACCUGCUCGUUUGCUGUCAGCGAAGUGGGUGGCCUGUUCUUCUGGGGGGCCACCAACACGUCCCGCGAGUCUACCAUGUACCCGAAGGCCGUACAGGACCUCUGUGGCUGGAGAAUCCGGAGCCUGGCUUGUGGGAAGAGCAGCAUCAUCGUGGCCGCUGACGAGAGCACCAUCAGCUGGGGCCCAUCGCCGACCUUCGGGGAGCUGGGCUACGGGGACCACAAGCCCAAGUCCUCCACCGCGGCUCAGGAGGUGAAGACGCUGGAUGGCAUUUUCACAGAGCAGGUGGCCAUGGGCUACGCGCACUCCCUGGUAAUAGCUCGAGAUGAAAGCGAGACGGAGAAAGAGAAGAUCAAGAAACUGCCAGAGUACAACCCCCGGACCCUCUGAUUCUCCCGGAGCCCCCGCAGCUCCACCCCUCCCGCGGCAGCUGUCAGUUCCACGUGCACUGGGACGGGACGUCAAACGAGGAAUUUAAGAAAGCAGAAGUUGACCGAAGGUGCAUUUUUGUUAGACUCCCUGAGGUUCCGUUUUAUAAGUGAUUCAACGUCAACUACCUUUUCUGUAUGCGUUCCAAAGUGAUUUUUUUUUCCUCUUAAUGUUUAAUUAAAAUAUUUGCUCAUAGUUGACUUACCAUUCCUACAAGAGGCAGAAACUUUGAGCAACCUAGGUGUUUUUUUUUUUCCCUUCAAGUUGUUUUUCUUUUUUUCCUGCUCUUAAAUACACUUCUCAGAACACCCUUUUCCAGUUGUAACUAGCAUUGUGAUCCGAGUGGGGGCUCCCUGGGAGAGGAGUCCCCGUUGACGCAGGAAGAAAUGUCCCUUCCGGGAACCUGCAGCGGCUGGACAGAGACCGUCCUGGUGGUGGAUCUCCAUCCAAAAUCACGCCCGCCUGCUUCGGAAGCAUCUGGGUCACUUUCUUUCCCGCUUGUUCCUGUAGACCAGCUGAGGCUGGCGUUCUCUUUCUCUCCUUGGCUGCUUGUAAACCCCACCGCCUUUUGGCUGCAACAUUAAUAGAAUCUGCCGUUUCCCCCCUGGUGGGGGCUCUGGGGUCUGUGUUUAGCCAUUUUUAUCUACUUUAGCUGUAAAAGAAGUCCAAAUGAAAAUCAGGUGAUUGUGGACCCAGUGGGGACCUGGGGGGGUGGGCAGACGUGGGGACAAUGUGUCUGGUUCGGCUCUAAGGUUCCUCUGACGUGGCCAGCCCUCGCCAUUAGAGAUUGAUCAGCCAGCAGUUUAAAAAAAAAAAAAGUGCAUUCUGGAGUCCUUGCAAGGAUCAGCCCUUUACGUACCAGCCUUUAUCACCUCUGUGCUUCUGUCCCUGCCCCCGCCGGAUCCUGCUGGAACAGACCCUGGCUCUGAGAUGCGGGGUCCUGUUCUACUAUAACCCAGCUCUCUGGUCGCCUUGCUUGGCUGUGGUACCAAAGAGUUGGGAUUCCUGAAGAAGUCCCCCUUCCCCGCGUGUCGGCGCAGACCUGUGACUGCCACCCCGCUUCCCGCCACGUGCCCUCUGCCCGAGCUCGUCACCGGCGUUGCGCUGCUCUGCGUGAGUUACGAGGUGCCUUUCCCGGACCCCUCCGCUCACUUGGACCCAGGAGAGGCGACAGCUCUGGCUGGGGCUCUUGGUUUCGAGAGGGUCUGGGCUGGUUUGGGUGCUUUAAAAUAGAUUUUUUAGUUCCGUGGUGCUUCUGGGGGAGAUGGGGAUAGAACUUCAGUGUGACACUUGGGUGGAUGGGAAAGUUGAAUAUGGGUCUUUUUUUUUAAUUCUUUGCUUUGCUGUUGUUACCACCUGUCAUUGUCUCGAUGUUAAAAUGCCAAAAAUGAUCUAGUCGUCGUCGCUUUUUUCCCUGCCCGUCCCCCGUCACGCCUUACGGCAGCUUCAGCCUUUCCAGGGCAUUUGACAGGAUCUGUCCUGGCCAGUCCCAAGGCCUUGCGCGAGGAGAGCGGCCCGCGUCUUCCUAAGGUUUAGUCUGACUUCACGCUCAUCUUUGCUGUCCUGUCAGUCCGUAGUCCAGGGGAGAAGCUUCUGCUAAACUAACCUAAUUUGUCCAAAUCACCCCCAAAGCCACCAUCUCGGGCUCUCACUUCCGUGCAGGGCACCCACCUGUUUUCCCAGACACAAGUCUUUCUCCUGGAAUGGGGCUUCGGCGCAUGUGCCCCUUGGACCCGCACCGCUGCCCCGGGGUCCCCUCUGCGGGAGCCGCCCCAGGGCAGGCAGGGCUCCGAUCUUCCAGGGGACUAGUGUGAAACCCGCCACCAGCCUACUUUCGGGCCCCUUGCCAGGGACUGGAGCAGCCUAGGCACGGAACUUCGAGUGAAGACGGCCCUCUUCUCUGCCACAAUCACUCCUUUUGGCUUAGAAUUUUAAAAUGAACUUCCUAACGGGGAAAAAAAUCCUUCAUGACAAGGAAUUAGGGGGUGGUCCUGCACUCCAAGAGAAAGAGUAGCCCUGGCCCAGGCUGGGCUGGGCUGAGAGGACUUUGCGCCGACCCCCAGGGCAUCUGACCCGCCUUCUAGCUCUGGCAGGAGUCCCUGGAAGAGGGGGUUCAGGGCAAAGGGGAGAGAACCCAAGAAGAGGUUGUGAUUUGGUCGAAGGUGCCUGGUUUAGUGCUGUAAUUGUCUUAUUUUUUUUUUAUAUAUAUAUUUCUUGGAGUAAACAUUUUAAAUAAACGACAUCAUUGUUUACUCUG